AAGAGGGUCAAAUACAAGGCCAGAGCGCAGAUCUGUCAAAGCCCAAUAUCAGUGUGGCCCAAGCCACAACCAUAGUCAACUCACUAUGGAAGAUGGACGUCCAGGUGAACAAGGACACACAGAAACACAUGAUACGCUCCAUGCCUAGUUAUGAUGACUGCAACUUCUUGCUAACGAUGGAGGAUGGGAAGAAGUACGUGUUAAAGAUAUCGUACGAGGGAGAGAGAGAGAGCAAUCUAAUUCUGCAGGGCGAGAUGAUGCAACAUCUCGCGGCACGUGGAGUGCUUUGUCCCAAGCACAUCGCCUCGUGCAACG